AUGAAGCUCUCCACUUCAUUCCCGCUCUUCGCGGCGUCCCAGGUCGUUCUCUCGCCGGCCGCCGCGGCGUACAACCCCAUCGAACUCAAGGGGUACGGCAAGUUCUCCGGCACCGUCGUGAACUCGACCCUCAGCGGCCGCGCCCUCCCCGCGCCGGUCGAUGCCUGGCUGGGGAUCGACUACUCAACACAGCCGGUGGGAGAAGGCCGCUUUGGCCCUGUCACCUGGCCCGCGCCCUUCAACGGCACGAAGCUGGCCACCAAGUACGGCAAGACCUGUGUCCAGGAUCCGACUUCAACCGACGUUAGCACGCAGGAUGAGGCGUGUCUGAACUUCAACGUCUUCCGGACGCGCGGCAUCCCACUGGACCAGAAGACGCCUGUCCUUGUCUGGAUUCACGGCGGUGCCUUCUACGCCGGCAGCUACAGCAGCUUCGACGCCGCAUCUUUCGCCGCGUCGUCCAAGGAGCCCAUCACCGUGAUCAACUUCCACUACCGCAUCAACUCGCUCGGUUUCUUGCCGUCUGCUCUCUUCGAGGAGGAAGGUCUGCUGAACCUAGGCAUCCGUGACCAGCACUUCUUCUUGAAGUUUGUGCAGAAGCACGUCGCCGCCUUUGGCGGUGACCCCGAUGCCGUUACCAUUGGCGGCCGCUCCGCCGGCGGCCACUCUGUCGGUAUUCUUUACUUCCACAACUAUAACGAGGACAAGGGCAAGCCUCUCUUUGCCAGAGCCAUUCACCAGUCCGGCUCCGUCACCGCUCGCGCGUUCCCCAACGCCACCUACCCUCUCUACGUGAAGCAGUACGAGGAGUACCUGAACUUCCUCGGAUGCCCCUUGGACGCCGACAACGCUGCCACUCUGGCCUGUCUCCGCGCUGCUGACAUCAACGACAUCCGCAACAUCAGCACCAAGCUCUACUACGAGUACGACCCCGCUCUGACCUGGCCCUUCCAGCCUACGCAGGGAGGCCCCUUGUUGGAGAAGUUCGGCUCGCAGUCAGGCUACGACGGGACCUUCUUCAAGGUGCCCGUCAUCACGUCAUCGGUCAACGACGAGGCCAAGUACUACCUGGCCGGCGACAAGGAGACGAACCAGGAGUUCCUCGACUACCUCCACAACAUCUCGCCCGCGUUGAACAGCACCGACCUUGAGCUCCUUGAGGCCAUCUACCCCGACCCGGCCACGCACCCAGACUCGCCCUACGCCAACUCCCCCAACAGCACCCAGUACAACCGCCUCUCGGCGGCCUGGAGCGACUAUGGCUACAUCUGCCCCAGCCAAGAGACGGCCUACCGUGCCUCCCUUGCUGACGUGCCCACAUGGAAGCUGCGCUUCAACACCAACAACUCGUGGCCCGAGUGGAGGGGCAUCCCGCACACCGCCGACACGAAGUACACCUGGGACGAGCCGGUCGUGCAGUACCCCGAGGUCAGCCACAUUUACCACGGAUACCUGUCGAGCUUCGUCUUGUCUGGCGACCCGAACACGUACAGAUACCCCGGCAGCCCCGAGUGGCCCAACUACAAGCCCACCGGUUACGGACUCGAGUCGGAGCCUGCGUUGCAGCUUGUUGUGCAGCCCAACAACGGCACCAAGGUCGAGAAGGAUGAUAUCCGCAGGGAGGCGUGUCUCUACUGGAGAGACCCCGAGAGAGCUCCUCGUCUGAACAAGUAG